GCUGAGCCCCCCCUUUGCGAGGGUGGGGGAGUCGGGCCCCCCGGUGCGGACGGCCAAGGCGGAGCGGAGGCACCAGCAGCGGCUGCGCAUGCAGAGCCCGGAGCAGCCUUCGCCUCCUGGGUCCGGCGAAGAGGAGGCGCUCUCCCCGGCCGAGCGGAGGGCCCUGGAGGCCGAGAAGAGGGCCAUGUGGAGGGCCGCGCGGAUGAAGUCCCUGGAGCAGGACGCACUGAAGGCCCAGAUGGUCAUCGCCAAGUCCAAGGAGGGCCGCAAGCGGGGGACCCUGGAGCAGCUGGCCGAGUCCCCCUCGCCCGCCCCCACCCCCUCCCCAACGCCCCCCGAGGAGUGCAGCUCCCGGAUCGUGGCCUCCCCUGGACGCCUGUCUGUACCCGAAAAGAAGUUUCUCUACAGAGAAUUUGCGGCCAUCCCUUCCUCCAAACCUGUUUAUGACAUCCAGACGCCGGACCUUGGGGACACCUGCAGAUCCCUCCUGAACAACUGCAGCAGCAGCAGCAGCCCAGGUGAGCAAUAG